CCACCACUUUACGUCUAAACAGUCUCAUAUAUUUCUCAGCUGUUCAGUACGAUACAUCUGAUACAAGAUGCCCAAGAAAUGACUCCUCCACCAAUUGUAAAUAUCCAUCCAGACGUGGACUUAUUAUCACUCGCACUGAUAUGGCACUUCCAUCUACAUCAGAAUAUCGUGGAGUUGCAGCUGCGUGUCCCCAACCGGCUUCUGGAGAGGCUAUUCGUACAUACCAGCAUAAUAUAACUGGUUUAACACUUUACAAUAGACAAGGGCCAAGAAUUGAAUAUCGGAACCCUAAUGACGACCAAGAUAUUGUGGAGGCGGUGUAUCGAUGGGAUGAUCGUCACUAUAGAGAGAUUUUCCGAACAGGAUUUCGUCCGCGAGAACAAGGUUCAACUAGUUUGGAAGCUUACUACAACUUAGAGCGCCAUGUAAAUAGAGGAGGAGCCCCGUCAGAGACCUGUCCUGCCGAUGGGUCAGUGUUUGUUAGCACAACAAGGUCAACUAGGUGGCGACCCCUGGUCACAACCGAACGUCGCAUUAUUUAUCGGUAUGAGAUAUUUGCUCCAGGGGGAAUCGAUACCGUGCUGACCUUGGGUGACCGUAAUAAUUAUAGUAAUCAGCAGGAAAUCGCUUUUGCAGGUGGCAUUAGUCGUCAAUAUAUCCGAUCAGCACGUCCAUAUGAAGUUGAAGGAUCUGGACAAUACACAAAUUAUACACGACAUGGAAAUCGAAUUUACCGUAACGGUCGUUUCAAUCCUUAUCCAACGUCGAGGAGUGGGCAAACCACUCAAGAAUUUAUGAAUAGACUAAGAAAUGUUAACUGUCCCAGACGUGAUGAAUAUAUGCUUGCACUUGUAGGUGCUCCACAUGUUGAAAAGAGAGACGUCGCGGAGGAGGAGGAGGAGGAGGAGGAGGAGGACACCACACCACCUACAGAGGAGCCUUAUGUUGACCCAGGUUGUAAUGUGGGGCAUUACAUCGAGUGUGCAUUCAACUCCAAUAACAAGAAGGAGGAGGCGUUUCUUUUCACUACUGAUCAAUGCUUGCAUAUCAACUAUGCUCCCGGCACAACUAAUGACUACAUUAUUAAGGGACCCAUGAGCAUCGGUGACUUCUUUCCCUCUCUCAGAGAUACUAUUUUUGCCUCCGGAAUUGAUGCUGCAUUUACGGCUUCUGCAAAAAAUGAGGUGUAUUUAUUUAGAAGUAAUAUUUAUGCACUCAUCAACUUUGUGAGUGGCGACAUUAUUCAAGGACCCAAGAAGAUCACAGAUAGCUUCUACUCUUUGAAAAAUACCAUUUUUGAAAAUGGUAUUGAUGCCGCCUUUGCUUCCUCCAAGUCAGAUGAAGCCUAUAUAUUUAAAGGAGAUCAAUAUGCGCUUAUUAAUUUUGCACCCGGUACAACCAAUGAUUACAUAAUUUGGUCUGCCAAAAGGAUUCCUCUCGGUUUCCCUUCUCUUAAAGAUACAGUUUUCGAGGAUGGCUUAGAUGCAGCAUUUUCGGCUGAAGCAGAAAAUGAAGCUUAUAUAUUUAAAGGCGACACUUAUGCUCUCAUCAAUUAUGCCCCUGGGACCAAAAAUGAUUAUAUAAUUAAUCGUGUCACUCCGAUUAGUGAUGGUUUCCACUCCUUGAAAGGCAUCAUACCAAGGUAUCCUUGUGGUUGCUAAAGUGAAAAAUAGGAGUUUGCUUUGCCCGCUUGCAUUAUUAUGGCAUAGAGUGCCUUGCCUUCAAUAUCAUUAGCGGUCGAGUGUUGUUGUGCUGCUAUCACUGUUUGUCUGCCUCCUGAUGAGUGUGCCUCCAGUGUCAAUCGUGGUUUAUGUCAAGUGUUGUGCUAUCACUAUUUGUAAUUUGUCUUAUGAUGAUGCAUCAUGGUCUCAUGUAAUCGUACCGUUUUAAUUAUCAAUAUAUUGGUGUGUUGUUAUA